CUAUACUUUUUAUUCAUUAUGUUUCAUGAAAGCAAAUUAGCAAAUAUCGUAUUUAUAGAUUUUGAGUUACAGUUGGCGCGAAUUUUCUCCAUCCCUCUGAUCAGUCCCCUAGCACACCAAGCUUUUGAAGUAUCUGGUCGGAUAAAUUCUCUGUAGCAUCUGAGCUGCUCUGUAGUAUUAAUGCGGCGGAAACCGGAAGGCUAUAUCUUAAUGCCGCUAAUGUGUUCGAUGAAAUGCUUCAAUGGCAUGAUUGUGCCUUCUUUGCUCUGAACCUGCGGUUUCUUUUAAUUUGACUAUGCAUUGAGGUCUUGUUGAUGCUUUUGUGUGCAAUGUUCACCGCAAUGUCGCGGCGGCUUUCACUCUUACACACAACUCACAGAUUAUUGAGAAAUGCAUCAUUCACUAAUCAUGUUGCAGUAGCGCCUUAUCCUGUUGCUUUAAGUUGUUAUAGAGACUACAGCAAAAUGCUCGCCUACCCCUCCUCUGUACCGAGCAGAAAUAUUCUCAUCGCCCCGCAUUUUUAUCCACUUAUGUUUAGGCCCUAUUGCACUUCAGAGGAAUUUGAAUCGAUCAAGCCAUCUUCUACUGAUGGAACUGAUCAUGCUGAUGAGGUGUACAAAACAGUGUUGGAUUAUGCAAAGCCCGAGUACAAAAUGGAGGGGGCUCUUGAUGAACUUGGCAUUGAAUUGACAACACCUUUGGUAGUAGAGGUUCUAGACAGGCUUCGAUUUGAGGAGAAGCUAGCAUUCAGGUUCUUUAAUUGGGCGGGGCACCAAGAAUAUUAUAGUCAUGAGCCUGAAUCCUAUAAUAGAAUGAUUGAAAUUCUAUCCAGUACUAAGUACAAGGUGAGGCAGUUUCGGAUCAUCUGUGAUCUGCUUGAUUAUAUGAAAAGGAGUGACAAAAGCUCUGUACCUAUUGAGGUGUUGCUGACCAUUUUGAGAAGGUAUACUGAGAAACACUUGACGCAUCUUCAGAAGUUUGCGAAGAAGAAAAAGAUACGCGUGAAGACACAGCCUGAGAUAAACGCGUUAAAUCUGCUCUUGGAUGCUAUGUGCAAGUGCUCUCUCGUUGAGGAUGCUGAGGCGAUGUGCCAGAGGGUGAGAAGCAAGGUCAAGCCGAAUGCUGACACAUAUAACAUUUUGUUCUUUGGGUGGUGCAGGGUUAGGAACCCGACCAAAGCUAUGGGCGUGCUCGAUAAUAUGAUCAGUAUGGGUUUUACGCCCGAAUAUUUCACGUACAACACUGCCAUUGAUACCUUUUGCAAAGCAGGGAUGCUGAAAGAUGCUGCUGAGAUUCUGCAGUUCAUGAAGACCAAAGGCUCAACUAUGUCUUCUCCCACAGCAAAAACUUACGCUAUUAUGAUGGUAGCACUUGUUCAGAAUGACAGAAUGGAUGAGUGCUUUGAAAUCUUAGCAGAUAUGAUAGCUAGUGGAUGCCUUCCUGAUGUGUCUACGUACAAAGAACUGAUUGAUGCCAUGUGUUCUGCUGGAAAAAUCGAAGCUGCGUAUAAGUUCUUGGAAGAGAUGGGACAGACGAGCUACCCUCCUGAUAUUGUCACUUACAACUGUUUUCUCAAGGUUCUGUGUGAUAAUAGGAAUAGUGAAGAGGCACUUCGUCUUUUCCGGAAAAUGAACGAGGUGGGAUGCUCACCCAGUGUGCAAACGUACAAUAUGCUGAUUGUGUUGUUUUUCAAGAUUGGUGAGCCCGAUGGUGCCUUUGAAGCUUGGAGGGAGAUGGAGAGAAGAGGUUGUGCUCGUGAUACUGAUACCUACUGCGUGAUGAUUGAAGGACUAUUCGGAUGCAAUAAUACCAAGGAUGCCAUUUCACUUUUGGAAGAAGUUUUAAACAUGGGGAUGAAAUUACCCUUUAAGAAAUUCGACGCCUUUUUGAAGGAGCUCUCUGCAGUUGGUGACCUCCGUGCAAUCGGUAGACUGUCGGCGCAAAUGCGUAAAUUUUACAAUCCUGCAAUGGCACGCCGUUUCGCUGUAACUCAGAAGCGUAGAAGUAUGAGCUUGAGAGGAAGGUGAGGGCUGGUUCCUACAAAUUCACAAUGGCUUGUAUGAUAUAUGCCUGAUAUCCCCACAUGCGACAAUUUCUUUCUUAAAUCAACUUUGCAAUCUUUUCCUUCAUCCUGUAAACUUAUUUUCUGUCUAGUUUGGAAUGACAUAGUUUAAUGAGGAACUAAA